CGACGUGCGCUGCGCUCGCUGCAGCGGCGGAGUUCGAGGCCGAAGCGGCGGGCGCUGACCUCGGGGCAGGCGAGGCCCCCAGCCGCUCAGCCGCGCCGCCGCGCCGCCCUCGCACGCCGUCGCGGUCGUCUGCACCGGCGCAGCCUCCCCGCUCUCCUGCGGGUCCGCUGGGGUCUCUUGCGGGUCCGCUGGGCGGGGCGGCGGGCGGGGCGGCGGGCGGCGGGGCUGUCCGGCCGCCUGUUGAGGUGAAGGGCGCGACUGCGCGUUGGCUUGGCGGCCCCCCCGCCCUCGACGAGCGGUACGUGCCCGCGUUCGCCCCGAGGGCCGUGGCGCCGGUCGGCCCGCCCCGCGCGGCGGCGGCGGGCGGCGGCUGUCGGCCGUGUCGCUGCUUUUCGCUGCGGGACGUGCACGUGCGUUGGACACUGCUCGCCGGGUCCGGGUGGGCGGCAGGGAGGGCCCGCGCCGGGGACGGUCGCCUCGCUGCUCCGCCGCCGCCCCCGCCGCCUCGCAUGCAGCUCGUGCUGAGCGGGCUGGCAUGCGAGAGCGAGGAGUACAGCGGCGGGGGCGAGGAGGCGCCGAGCGAGUGGCGGCUGAGCGUGCAGCUGGGCGCACUCAGCUUGGUCGACGAGCUCGCUCGGUGCGAGGCCGACUCCGGCCAGCCUGGCCGCGAGUCUGGCCGCGCAGCGCCGCUGCUCUUCUUUGCGGCGGACGACGCGUCGCUCCGCCCGAAGGAGCACCCCUGCCUCCUCGUCGUCUCCCUCUCCCAGUGCGACGGCGGCAUCCGCCUCUUCCUGCGGCUGCAGCCCGUGCGGCUGCGCGUCUCGCAGCUCUCGCUCGCUUUCUUGCUCGAUUUUGCAACCACUACGACCGCGGCGGCGGCGGCGGCGGCGGCCGCCGCCGGGGGCGAUGCCGGCCGUGGCGGCGGCGGCGGCGGGGCUGGAGGCGUGGGCGUGUUUGUCGAGCUGUGUGACGUGCGCCCGCUCUACCUGCGUGUCGACUACCUCGUCACCCUCGCCUCCUUCUCCUCCCUCUACGCCUUUGGCGCCACCCCCUCCUCGCGGCAGCUGCUCCACCUCAUCCCCGUCUCGGACGUGCGCAUCACCCUUGGCCGGCUGCGGCUGCGCGGGCUCACGUCCUGGGCGGCGCUCGAGGCUGCGGUGGCGGAGGAGUGGCAGCCGCAGCUCCUCGCGCAGCUCCACCGCUACGUCGCCGGCGUCACGCCGCUCCGCUCGAUGGUCAACGUCGCGCGCGGCUUGCGAGAGCUGCUCCUCGCGCCGCUCCGCCCGUCGCCGAUCCGCGGGCUGCGGCACGGCGGCGACGCGCUCGCGCGCUCGCUGCUCGAGGAGGGGCUCGGCCUCACCUCGCGCGUCCUCUCCUUCCUCCAGCUCCUCCUCGAGCAGCUCGACGUCGCCGUCGGGGAGGCGAGCGUCGUGCACGCGCCGCUCCGGCGCGCCAUCGAGCAGGCGGCGCUCGUGACGGGGUCGCCGAGCGAAGGGACGCGCCUCGCCGCGCCCAACCAGCAGUGCUCGAUGCAGUAGCGCGGGGCGCGGGCCUUGCCGUACGGAAGGAGCGCGCUCUCCCGCGGCGGGCGGGCGAGGGGCGGCGGCCCAGGUGCCACGCGGAGAGACGGAAGGUGUGGCUGUGGGCGCGAUGCUCUUCCGAAUCGCGGAGCGGCGGUGUGGGGGAGCACGCAGCGUGGUGGAGUACCCCUUAGUAGAGUCUGAGUGUUGGGCGUCCGAAGGGUGUGUGUCCGGCGCCUGCAUGCUAAGUAAACUAUGUGAGCGAUCUGAUGACGCUUAUCUAG